AUGUCCUCUCUAAAUCCCCGCCACAUCUUCCCUCUCUUCGUCGCAACGACCACAACCUUUGGCGGCCUACUCGCCCUCUUCAACCCGGCCGGAUCCAUUAAAGCCUUCGGCCUUCCACAAAGAAUCGCCUCGUCGCCGACCGCUCAUGCAACCUUCAGCCUCUCCUCGGCACGUACAUCGGUCAUUGGACUGCUGAUCUACACUUUUUAUGCCAGAGGUGACUUAAGAGCCAUCGACACCGUACUUCUGACUUCAGGUCUUUACUGCGGCAUUGUCGACGGCUAUGUUUGCUACAAAGAGGGCGAAACGGGGAAGGCGCUGUUCCGAGUCUUGAGCUCGUGGGCAGUUGGACUGUAUGGUGGUUUGGGGAUUACUUCUGUAAGCCAUGUUUUCCUUCUUUCUUACUUGUCGGAAGCAACCGCUGACUUUGGAAAUUUUCGUGUGCAGAGAUGA